AUGUCUCAAAAACGACCAUCAUGGCUCUCUCCGAAUUUUUCAAAAACAUUUUACGAUUCACAAACACUCUCCGAUGAGGAUAUUCUCUUAUUAACCGGAAAACAUUGGCUCAACGAUAACAUGAUCAAUUUUUAUUUUCUUUAUUUGGAAAAUGAAAAAUACAAGGAACAUCAGAAUGAAUAUUGUUUCAUGGCUCCCUCGGUUUCAUUUUGGGUUUCCAUGAUUGAAGAUGAACAAGAUAUUAAAGCCGCGUUGGAUCCAUUAAAAGUUCAAGAAAAACAAUUAAUAUUUAUUCCGAUCAAUGACAAUACAGAUAUUGAAGCAGUGAAUGGUGGAGGCUCGCAUUGGAGUCUUGUGGUGUUUGAGAGGAAAAACAAUCAACAAGAAGGAAAGUGUAAAUUUUAUUAUUUUGAUUCGGGUGGUGCCAUGAAUAAGAGAGCUGCACAGAAAUGUAUUGAAAAGAUGGCUCCACAUUUUGGAGAUUGUGGUGCGUUAGAUGUAAAAUUAGUCGUAAAGGAUGCACCUCAACAGAAUAAUGGUUACGACUGUGGAGUUUAUGUGGCAGCCAUGAGCGAUUAUAUUGCAGAACAUGGAGUUUCAGAUUCAAAUAUUGACAAGGUAAUCACUCCCUCUUUUGUGACGCAAUUAAGAAAAGACAUGUUGGAUUUGGUAGAAAAAAAGACAAAAGAAAAUUAA